GCACAGUUCUUCGCUCCAGUUCCAAUCAGGAGCAUCUCCUCUCUUCUCUCUCCUCAACUCCAGAGCUGCAGCAGCCGACAUGAAGUGUCUGGUCGUCGUCUUCAUGGCCGCGGUGGCGGUGUCCGCCGACGUGCGCGACGUGCUGCGUAACUCGCGGCAGGCAGUGCUUCUGCAGCCGCAGCAGCUGGGAGGACUGGGGGGACUCCAGUUCCAGCAGCGACCGCAGCAGGUGCAGCUGCAGCUGCCACAGCCUCUGUUGCUCCGCCAACAGCAGGGCCCCCAGAUCCAGUUCCAGGACCAAUUCCAGCCCCAGCAGCAGGUCUUCCAGCCCCAGCAGCAGGUCUUCCAGCCGCAGCAGCAGGCCUUCCAGCCCCAGCAGCAGGUCUUCCAAGCCCCGCAGCAGGUCUUCCAGGCCCCGCAGCAGGUCUUCCAGCCCCAGCAGCAGAUCCUCCAGCCGCAGCCUGCCUUCCAGUCCGCUCAGCGCAGCGAGCCCUUCUGGCGCAUCCUCAAGCACACCCAGGAGACUGACCCCGCCGGCUUCUACCGCUUCAGCAUCGAGACUGAGAACGGCAUCCGCCACGACGAGGAGGGCACCGUCAAGAACGCUGGCGGCAACAACGAGUCCACGGCCAAGCAGGGCGCCUACUCGUACACCGCCCCCGACGGCACCCCCAUCUCCCUGAACUACGUCGCCGACGAGAACGGAUUCCGCCCCUCCGGCGAGCACCUGCCCACUCCUCCCCCGAUCCCCGAAGCCAUCCUCCGCUCCCUGGAGCAGAACGCCCGCGAAGAAUCCCAGGGCAUCAACUACGAGAAGAAGUAGAACAUCCUCCUCAGGUCUCCAUAAUUAUUUUUUCUGUGAAAAAAUGUUACCCUUGGCUAAAACCGGCAAGCAUCAACUAACUAUUUAAUUGAGCGCUACACCUAGGCCUCUAGUCGUUUUCGUCGCCUUCAUUCUCGAGGGCUCCAAUGAGAUGCAGGGCGCGGCGGCCAAGCACCAGGACCCGCCCAGCGCGACGCUGAUGCGAUCCCGAUAACCAGUUUCCGUGGCCCGUCCCUCAGAGCAGGGUCCCGCCCCGCCCCUCCAAUCCCCUGGUCUAGCUCCUCCGCGCCCAUAAGUUGCCGUGUUCUAUUCACGGCAGGUGACAGAGCAGGUCGGGAGUCAUCGGCGCAUCUCUUGCAAAACUACUGUGAUGUGUGAGUGUGUGUGAGUGUGAAUGUGUUCCUCCCCCCCUCCCCCCUUUUGGCCGUUGUCGGCGUUCUGUCGGCUUUUUGUGCUGUGUGUCCUUAGUGUGAGUGAGAGAGAAAAGAAACCGAUCCAAAUAAAAUAGCCUUCGCCUCCAAAGAGA